UCUGUAGAGCAGCGGAGCAGGGCUGCUGGCCUUGAAACUUAAGCUUGCCAGCAGAUCACCCAUGGCCUUAAGAGGUUCUCCCUCCACUCUGCCCCCCCUUCGCUCCCCCCCACAUCUCAUGUCUUUAUCAACACCAUGUUGAGAGUGAGUGGAGCACAUGUGGAGCCAGGGAAGAGAUGACUUAGUGGGGAAAACAUUCCAAGCAACCAUGAAGAUCGGAUGAAAUGAGGCGAGAUGGAGCCCUUCAGAGGCAGCAAGAAGGGCCCGCCCUCCUUUGCCAGCAGUGAGGAGUCUGAGGUCAAGACUUCAGAGCAUGGAGGAGCAGGAUGUGUGAUGCUUGAGCUGAAGAGAUCACCAAAGACUGAGCGCUAGAUGCACAGGGUGGGAAUAGAUGCCGUGGUUGGAUGCAGCGUGAAAGAAAAUUAACUUCAUUCGGUUAGAGGAGGACCAUUUCUGCUGCCUUGCCUUCCCUAUCAAAGGACUUUUGUGGGUCAUCCCAUGGGCCAAGUGAAUGGGUACCUAGGACCUACCCCAUCCUCCAGCCUCCUCUGUUCUGACUCCAGCAAGUGUCUACCGUAAAGGAGUGCUGUUUUGUGAAAUUGCUGCUGACAGUGACUAGGAAAAUAGGCUGGAGUUGAACCAAGCGUCCAUAGAAAAGCUAGAGGCACUCAGCCAAAGAGAUCUUGACCAACUGGCAGCUGCCUGGUCGUCAUGGCAACAAAGCACGCUAACGCCGAUUGUCGGUGGAGGCUGGCCCUGGCUUUUAAAAGAGCAAGGGGCGAUGGCGCAGAACUUGUAUGGUCCUGGAGUGCGGAUGGGCAACUGGAAUGAAGAUGUCUACCUGGAGGAGGAGCGCGUGAGACACUUCCUAGAGAAGAGGGAAAAGGGAGAACUUCUUAUUCAGAGAAACAGAAGACUGAAGAAGAACAUUUUGAGACCGAUGCAGCUUUCGGUAUCCAAAGAUGGAUAUGUCCACUAUGGCGAUAAAGUGAUCCUGGUGAAUCCUGACCACGUCCUGGGGGAGGAAGCUGGCGUGUUUAUGAGAGGUGACUUGAGCCUGUGUAUGAGCCCAGAUGAAGUUAAAGCACAACUUAGCGAUGCCUUAGAGAUACCCUGUGGUGUGAGUGCUGUGCAGACCAUCAUCCCGACGGGCAGGAACACCUUCACCAUUUUGAGUGACCGCACUGACAGCUGCGAUUUAGGCCAAGUGGUUGGAUAUGGACAAAACUUCUGCCUGGGGAUAGUAGCAGGACUUGAAGGCAAGACGCUGUAUCUAACGAGUGACCACAGGACCCUUUUGAAGUCCUCUGUGAAGUCCUGGCUCCAGGAGGUGACUCUGACGGAUGAGGUCACCCAUCUGAACUGUUGGCAGGCUGUCUUCCUUGACCCCCAGCUGCGCCUGGAGUAUGACGGCUUCCCAGUGAGGGCAAAUGAAAAAAUUGUUAUCUAUCAUCGUCACACAAACAGAGCCCUGGCGGUCCACCGGAAUCUCUUCUUAAGGACCUAUUUUGGGAAGGAAGUUGAAGUUGCAGCUCACACACAUAUGGAUUCACACAAAGCUGAAAAACCCAAGAACCACUGGAUGCUGGUUACUGGAAAUCCCAGGAACGUGUCAAACACCAUGCUAGACAUCUCCAAACCCAUCACAGAGGAUACCUGUGCUGGGGAGCAGGCCAUGGGCAUCAACACAUAGUGACAGACCAGGCAUACGAGUGGCCUCUCAUGCUCUGCUCUCAUCAACUGUAGGACUUAAAAUAGAUGAACAGUCGACUUGGUUGUUCCCCAAGCAGUUUGUCAGUAGGUGCAGAACUCCAUGAACAUGACAUUAAAGGAAAUACCACAUUAAAAUUGCUGAAUUGAUGAUGGGAGCCUAGCCCUAGGGAAUCAAUAGUGUUUGAAAAUGAAUAGUAUUUGAAAUUAAAUCAGGUUUGGUGGAGAUCCUAAUUGUGAAGAACUUAGUGGCCCCAUUCAGGGGCCUUGCUUAACAGGACCGGUGGGGCCUGUACUCCUCUCCAGAGCUGUGUUAACUCAACAUAGAGGUCAGAAGUUUA